ACCCUGCUGGUUUCAUGGUUCGAGCUGCCGUCGCAUCCGAGGGCUCAAAAGAACCCUUGAUCUUCAUCGAGGCGGGUGUGAAAGUCAACUUACACGUUUAUGUCCAUCUGCUAGAGGAACAUGCUCUGCCUUGGAUCGCUCAGUCGUUCCGAGACGGAUACGUCGUCGUCCAGGACAUUGCGUCGUCUCAGACGGCGAACUUCAUUCAACAGUGCAUGGUGGAAGACCCACAUGCCUGGGUUCUGGGACAAGGACAUGUGGCCACCGUCAAGUCCGGGCCUGAGCCCGAUGGACUUCACCUUCUGGGCCAUCCUGGAGAGGGAGAUGUGUGCAACACCACACAGCAGCAUGGCCGCUCUGAAGCUGGCCCUCGAGACGGCAUGGUCGAAUUUCGACGAGGACACCGUGCGGCGCCCGCGCCUCUCCGCAGGGAGAGGUUUCGGGACAGGGGUGAAGACCAAAGGUGGCCAUAUUGGUUCAUAGUCCCGUUGCUGAGAUGUGACAUGCUACUGAAUACGUGUACCAAAAAUAAAUUGAAUAUCUUUGUUCGGGACCGAAAUAUUUUUUUUUUAAAUCAAGAGGUAAAUCUUUCUGCCACACCCUGUAUACAUAAGUUGUGAAUACUUAUGAAAAAAUGCAUUAGUUUAUUGUGUUUUGUUUUAGGUGAUAGGUAUGUGUUUGCCGGACGCUCCCCCCCCCCCCCCCCGUCAUAUAUCCCCAAUGUCCGGAAUGUAUGGGGACGUGACUGCCAUAUCUUUACAGGUGGAAUAUGUUGCAGACAUUCCUCCCCUAUCUAUUGCCAGGUAUGAUAUAUCCCUGAUGUGCCUUGUGUAUUCCCAGGUCACACAUGACCUGACGAGAUCACCUGACGAGUCCCUUCAUGUAUUCCCAGGUGGGAGAUAAUACCCUCUGACGUGUCUCUCAUAAUUCGCAGAUCGAAUCCUGACGUGUUCUGUAUGUGUGUAUUUCCAGGUCAGACAUGUACCUCCACGUGGCGGACGGCCGGCAGCAGAUUGUACCCACUGGCGAGGUGCUGCGAGCGUUCGACCUCCACUACGACUACAUUCAGAGGGAGCAUGGCGCGCUCAACGUACAGAAAGUGCAGGCGGCUGACGCGGCGCCCACCUCUCACGAGACGAAUCAGACGCUGGUGACGCUGGUGGCACUACUGCUGGUGCUGGUGAUCGGCCUGGUGACAUUCUGCGCCGUCUGCUGCUGUCUAAAAACCGUGCCGGUCGCCGUGCCCUCCUACAAGGAGCAGGUGAAGCAGCCGCCGCAGCCGCCCACUCCGCGGGCCUCUGUGGAUCAGCCCGAAACACCGCCUGGCACCGAGAACCCUCUCUGGAUCGGAAACAAACUCAAAAUGUACGAGGAGCAGGAGCUGAGCAUGCAAGUGUCCGGUGAUCCUGAGGCGGCCGGAGGAGUGGAGGACAGUCCCUCUCCUCAGGAGGAGGGUCAGAAUACCUACGCCACCAUCCAGCGGCCCGGCGAGCCGGCCGAACAUAGUCCCAACGGAGAUACAGCCGAUUACGCGACCCUGGGACGGUACUCCUCUCCGACUCUGCCCCUGGGACCCACAAUCCCUGGUGUGGUACCGGCACGAGAGCGACUACCGGGGGUGCCUCCGCCGCCGCCGACGGCCGCCCAGCAGUCCGGCGCAGAUAGUCGCCAUCGACGACUGAGUGUCGGUAGAGACGGCCGGCCCGAGCUGGUGUCCGAGCUGCAGUGAAUACCGGCGGAAGCAGGGUCUGCAGUGAAUCCUGGCCAGAGUUGGUGUCCGAGCUGCAGUGAAUACCGGCGGGAGGGAGGAGGGUCUGCAGUGAAUCCUGGCCAGAGCUGGUGUCCGAGCUGCAGUGAAUACAGGCAGGAGGAGGGUCUGCAGUGAAUCCGAGCCAGAGGUGGUGUCAGAACUAUACUGAAUUCCGGUUGAAGGCAGAGUUGCAGAGAAUACCGGCGGGAGGCCUGCAGUGAAUACCGGCAUGAGAGGGGAUGCAGUGAAUCCCGGCUAUAGUGACCCCGUAGCGAUUCGAGACUGAAAGUGUAUCGGCAUUGCAAUGAAUGCCUGCCGUACCAAGUACUUUGGGAGUACUGCCGUUUGGAGGGCAUGCAGUGAAUAUCAAUCGUUGAGCAUGCACUGAAUACCACCUAUGUAGAUGUUAAGAUUGCGAUGAAUGCCGGUAAGAGAUGCGACCGCAGUGAAUGAAGGGCGACUUAUAAAUUAUAAAAAAAAAAAUGUAUAAAUCAACAGAGAACUUAGCGAGAGGUGCAGAAAGCAAAUGUGUACGUCUAGCUUUUGAUGAUGAACUAUCUGAAUUACAUCAAUUAUCGCAACAACUUGUUGAGCGAUAAGGCAAAAGAUUGAAGGAGUUAUUGCCUUUCGACAUAUUUUCUGUUCAUAAUUGUCCUUUCUCUGUCUGCAUCCUGGAUUUGCUCGUAUGUAAUCUAUUCGUUUGCUCGCUUUUCGCUGUGAUGGUUGUAUCAACGAGUUCUUUAAACGCCUCGGUGUUUUACGCUCCAUUAUGCGCUAUUUAUUUUCUAGAACAUUGACUUCUCCAAAUGCGAACCAUGUACAAUGUUCGGUGGUUUGCUCGACGAAGCCAUAUUUGGGCAGUUAUUUAGGACCAGAGACUUGUGUGGAACAUUUAGAAGCUAGAAUAUUGCGGUGUUGGCGGAUGAGUCGUCAAGCUGGUGUACUGAAACCGGCCGUAGUGCUUGUCGUUAGCAUUUUGAGACAACGAAUGAAGUCUAUUGAUAUCCAUCCUACUACAUGUAUCUUCGCUAGAUUAGCGAUGAGACUGAUGUCGAGUCGACUUUAGAAGCAAUGCUCUGUAUUGUAAUGAUCUUAUGUAUUUUUCCAUGUCGCUUA